CUCUCUCAUCCCGAGAGCCAGAGCUCCUCUUUCCUCUCAUGGCGGUCAACGAGUCGAUAUAGUAAUAUACUAAUAUCAAUCGAAAACCGCUCUCUCUGCGACAAAACAGCCCAAACGCCAAACCACUGUACGGACAUAAUAGAGCAGAAGAAGAAGAAGAAGAAGGAAGAAAGCAUGGGGAGAACCGGAGGAGGUAAUCUGAAGACAUACUCUGCGAGACAUAGCGACUACAAGCUUCUCGAAGAGGUCGGUUAUGGCGCCAGCGCCACGGUUUACAGAGCGAUCUAUCUUCCUUUCAAUGAAGUCGUGGCCAUCAAGUGCUUGGAUCUCGAUCGCUGCAACAGCAAUCUGGAUGACAUAAGGAGGGAGGCUCAAACAAUGAGCUUGAUAGAUCAUCCAAAUGUUGUGAGGGCAUACUGUUCUUUUGUUGUUGAACGGAACCUUUGGGUGGUUAUGCCAUUCAUGGCAGAGGGUUCUUGUUUGCACCUUAUGAAGAUUGCAUAUCCAGAUGGAUUUGACGAAGCAGUUAUUGGUUCUAUUCUCAAAGAAACCCUUAAGGCUUUGGAUUACCUUCAUCGGCAAGGACAUAUUCAUCGUGAUGUGAAGGCUGGAAACAUACUACUAGAUACCAAUGGCGUUGUAAAGCUUGCUGACUUCGGUGUUUCAGCUUGCAUGUUUGACACGGGUGAUAGACAACGUUCAAGAAAUACAUUUGUUGGAACUCCAUGCUGGAUGGCACCCGAGGUAUUGCAACCAGGAAGUGGGUACAAUUCCAAAGCUGAUAUUUGGUCAUUUGGGAUAACAGCACUAGAGCUGGCUCAUGGUCAUGCACCUUUUUCAAAAUAUCCUCCUAUGAAGGUUCUCUUGAUGACCAUUCAGAAUGCUCCUCCUGGACUUGAUUAUGAUCGUGAUAAAAGGUUCUCUAAGUCUUUCAAAGAAAUGGUGGCUAUGUGCCUAGUGAAAGAUCAAACAAAGAGGCCAACGGCAGAGAAAUUGUUGAAACAUUCCUUUUUCAAACAUGCAAAGCCUCCAGAGCUUUCUGUGAAGAAACUGUUUGCUGAGUUGCCACCUCUUUGGAAUCGUGUGAAGGCCCUUCAGCUUAAAGAUGCGGCACAACUAGUGCUUAAGAAGAUGCCUUCAGCAGAACAAGAGGCAUUAUCACAGAGUGAGUAUCAGCGCGGAGUCAGUGCCUGGAACUUUGAUAUUGAAGAUCUAAAAGCUCAAGCAUCCCUGGUACGCGACGAUGAUGAUUUGCAAGAGAUGCGGGAGGAAGAUGAAAAAUUGAAAUCAAUAUUUAUUGAUAAGGAUGCACCUCCUUCCCAAUCCAUCCAGGGGAAAUUGAACUCAAACAGCAAACUACCUUGUGAAGGACAAUCAAGCGGUGAUAAAUCACUGCAGAGUGAAUAUUUGAACAAAAAAGGCAAGAUUCUGGAAUGUGAUGUACAGGAAUCUGGUUUCCAAGAAAACAUGGGCUUGAAGAAAAAUGGAUCAAUCACUGAGGCAACAACAUCGACAUCAGACAAAGAGAUAGUUAUGUCAAAGAAUAGAACUCCUGUGAAAGUUCGCCAGACUUAUAGUGGUCCGCUCAUGCCCGGUGCUGUACUUUCUCAUUCAGUAUCAGAGAGGGGACGACCAUCUGAAAGGAGUGAGAACGAUAAACCUUCAACUGAGAAAGUUAAUUGUGAAGUACGGAGAACACCAAGCUUUAGUGGUCCUUUGAUGCUUCCAAAUCGAGCUUCGGCUAACAGUUUCUCAGCUCCAAUAAAGUGUUCUGGAGGAUUUAGGGAUUCUUUGGACGAUAAAUCAAAAGCCAACCUCGUGCAGAUUAGAGGGCGAUUCUCUGUAACAUCAGAAAAUUUAGAUCUUGUAAAGGAUAUUCCAUUAAGUACAGUUCCACGUCGAUCUUCACAGGGAUCACCGCUGAGAAAGUCUGCUAGUGUUGGUGAUUGGAUAUUUGAAUCCAAGCAAGUGCCCAUCAGUCCAUCUCCCAAGGAGUUAAAUAAUAGCAUAAUACCUGCAUCACUUCUCAUGCCUCAUCUUCAGAAUCUUUUCCAGCAGACGUCAAUUCAACAGGAUCUUAUUAUGAAUUUGUUAAGUAGCUUGCAAUCAACUGAGGUGGUAGAUGCAGCUCAAAAUGGGAAGUUGCCUCCACUGCCUCGCAGUCCAGAAAAUAAUGGAAGUGCUGAAACAGCAGCUUCGGAGAGGGAACGUUUACUCCUCAUGAAGAUCUCAGAGCUUUAA